AUGGGGCCGGCGAGGCUGUGGCUGCUGGGAGCGGGGAUCCUGGCCUCUGUCCACUGUCAACCUUUUUCUGCCCUGGAGGGUAAGAGUCUGGGGGUGCCUCAAGUGCACAGCUUUCAGGUCUCAGACCCAGCCCCUGCCUACCACAAAAUCACACCCGUCAUUACCGACUUCGCCCUGCGCCUGUACAAGCAGCUGGCCACAGGAACCACAGGCAACAUCUUCUUCUCUCCCGUGAGCCUCUCGGCCUCCCUGGCCCUGCUCUCCCUGGGGACCCAAGCGGACACCCAGACCCAGAUCCUGGAGGGCCUCGGCUUCAACCUCACCGAGACCCCAGAAGCCGACAUCCACAGGGGCUUCCGGAGCCUCGUUCACACGCUUGGCCUGCCCAGCCCCAAGCUUGAACUGAAAGUGGGCACCUCCCUGUUCCUGGACAAGCAGCUGCAGCCGCGGCAGAUGUUCCUGGACACCCUCAGGGAGCUGUACGGGGCCUUGGCCUUUUCUGCCAACUUCACGGACGCGGCAGCCACGGGCAGGCAGCUGAGCGACUACGCACGCAGGCAGACCUACGGGCGCGUGGCUGACUGCCUGCAGGGCGCCACCCCUGACUCGCUGCUGGUUCUCUUGAACUACAUCUUCUUCAAAGCCAAGUGGAAGCAUCCUUUCAAUCGCUACCAGACCCAGAAGCAAGGGACCUUCUUUGCGGGCGAGAGAACCCCUGUGCGCAUCCCCAUGAUGCACCAAAAGGAAAUGCACAGAUUCCUCUAUGACCCCGAGGCGGCCUGCACCGUUCUCCAGAUCGAAUACAGCGGCAAUGCCCAGGCCCUGCUGGUCCUGCCCGACCCCGGGAGGAUGGAGCAAGUGGAGGCGGCUCUGCGGCCCGAGACGCUCAGGAAAUGGGGCCGGUUGCUCCUGCCCAGCCUGCUGGAUUUGCACUUGCCAAGGUUUUCCAUUUCCGGAACAUAUAACCUGGACGAGAUCCUUCCCCACAUGGGCCUCGCCAACGUAUUCAGCUUAGAUGCUGGCUUGUGGGGGAUCACUGGGCAGCUCGACCAAAUCAUCUCCAGGGUGACCCACAAGGCCACAGUGGACAUGAAUGAGCGGGGAACCGAGGCAGGGGCUGUCUCGGGCCUCCUUUCCCCGCCCAGGUCUCUGAACACAACGUCAGCUCCACAGACCCAUUUCAACAGGCCUUUCCUGGUGCUCCUUUGGGAGGUGACCACCCAGAGCUUACUGUUCCUGGGAAAAGUUAUCAACCCAGCCGCGGGCUGAUGGAGGCGGGAGGCCGGGGCUGUCUC